GUGGGUGCCUCCACCCAUAGCCUGAAGACACCACUCCCCUCAUCAUAUCUCUCUCCCUCCUCCCUGGGUCCUGUCACUCACUCUCACGCACCAUCGAGAGCACUUUGACUAAGAUUUUUGUUUUCGCAGCGAGUGGUGGCUUCUAACAGCCGUUCAGUCCACUGUGUGUGUGUGUGUGUGUAUCUGUCUGUGGUGGUCUGCUGCUCGCAGUUGGACAGUGUCAUGCCGGCUGUAGCAGCAUGUGGAAGGUAGCUCUCGUUUUGUACCAGCUGUUGGCACUUGGUCAGCCGCUCUGGGCUCACGAUGAUGUCCCAGCCGUCACUCCUCAGGACUGCAGUCUGGACUGUAUACGACAGGGAGGACCUGUAUGUGAAUACUGCAGAAUAACCAGAGCUGAUGUCAGGAGGGCUCUAGGUUUUAACUCCAUCGAAGCAUUUGGAAGUUGUAUUCCAUGGCCCUGUUUUGAGUUGCUAGGAGAAGAAGACCCUACAAUCUGUCAGCAUUAUGUCCAAGCACCAAAUGAUGUGACGGUUGAGUUUGUACAUGAGCCAAACCCCAAAUCUGAAACCAUUGUUGUCUCCUGGAAACCCAGUUACUAUGGGAUCACGUUCCUGCGAGGCUUUCAGGUGUUCCUCCAGGCUCUGGGGGGGUCUAGUAUUGCCUGUCAGCUCUUUCUCUUCCACCUUAACCUCUCCCUCACGCCGUCACAUGCUCAAAGGGUGUACACGUCUGACCCUUUCCCCGGCCUCUCCCUUGGAUCCCAGUAUGCAGUUACGGUCAUGGCCCUGCCAGUGCCUGAGAAGUGGGAGAAGUUCUACCAGAGCAAGAUCUUCUCCACACGCUCAUGUGCAGAGAAGAACGGUCUUGAGGAGUGCAGAAAAGACUGGUACCCCAAACAUGUUGAGGUGCAGCAGAAAGGGACUGCGAUCACUGUGACCUUUAACUUGGCUCCCCCAAACCUGGGCAUCAGAAGCUACUUCUCACUGUGUUACGCAAACGGCAUGAAGAACUACAUAGACAUAACACCCAAUACCUCCAAAAACAAAACUCACCACAGCUAUCAGCUGAAUGACCUUCAAGAAGGAACUAAUUACACCUGUGAGAUUGCAGCUAACGAAAUGGAUGCAGUGAGGAAAACCUUCAAUGUCCAGGUCUUGCACAUUCAAAAAGGAGCCACACCACUCUCUGUCACCCCCUCCUUGGCUCUGAUUCUCCCACUGUGCCUGGCUGUGGUAGCCAUCGUUGUAGUCUUACUGGCUGUUCUCACCAGGCCAAGGCUGCAGCUGAAGAAACUUUUCAUAAAACCAGCAUUGUGUGAAAUGCAACAUCACCCAGGGAGCGGCACUCAGGAGGAAGUAGUGUCGUUGCCCAGAAACAGGCUGACCCCUCCUCGUCUUCUGAUUUGCUACAGCAGCUAUGAUGGCCCUGCUCAUGUCAAAGCCGUCAUGCAGUUGGGGGCUUUCAUACAGGAGCACAUGGCCACUCAGGUGUGCCUGGACCUGUGGGACUCUCUGAGCGUGGCUGAGGAGGGCAGUAUGGCCUGGCACUGCCGGCAGAUCCGGGAAAGCAACUUCAUCUUGGUGAUCUGCUCUCAGGGCCUAAACCACAGACCUGAGCCUCCAGAGCCAGAGGGUGACAGCGAAGAUGGGGAGGCAGACGGAGGGCUGGACGCCUUCAGCUCAGAUGCAGCCAUCAAACUCAUUGGAGAGGAGGUGGGCCGAGCCAAAGCCAGAGGCCAGGACUUGUCCAAAUACAUGGCGGCCAUUUUUGAGUACUCUGAGGAAACUGACAUCCCCACUGAGCUGAGGCUGGUAUCUCCCUACACGCUGACAAGGGACUUAUCGCUGCUCUUCUCUCACCUCCAUGGAGUGGCUCUGCAUAGGCCGGGGGGUUACCUGAAGAUAAACCACAUUUCAGAGGAAGGCUUUACUAAAUUACCAUCUGGAGCAGCACUGCAGUGGGCUAUCUCUGAGGCUGGGGUGGAAAUGAGGGCAAAAAGCUGUCACUCUGCAGAGGGAGGAGACUAAACACACACAAUAAAGGAAUCCAUACGCCCUGACUUAAUGAUGAUCCUCAGCCCAAUGUAGGAGAAAGGUUGGCUGGAGGAUAAAUGGUCAUGAUGGCCACAAACUUGAUGGCUCCAUAUCUGGCCAGAAAGGAGAAGCCAUGAGUUCACAGCUAGAAGGUGACUAGUACAUGUACAGUCCCUGCUGAUUUGCCCUUAAGCAUUUGCCCAGCUAAACACCCCUACCUCAGUUGUGCUACAACGUCAGCAACCGUGCACUUCGACCAGUUGAAAGUGUUAACAUGCUACAUGAAGGAUUUGUAGAAAGAACAUCCAGUAAUGUGUGUAAAGGUCAGUUAAGCUAUCUUAGACCUACAAAUGUAUCUUGUAUACUUUUUUUGUCAUUUCUGGUAAAAAAAAACAACCAUUUGUAAUAAGCACUGUAUAUUAAUUAAAGACUUAUAAUCCCUAUAUAAUUGAGUUAUUGAAGUCAGAAUGUUUUCAUUGAAGUACAUAUUAAACAUUGUACACAUGCAUGUUGACAAUCAUCCUUAUAGUUUAUUUAUACAUGUGCAUAUCUCAUAUAUUAAUGGAUUAAUGGGUCCUAUCAUUUUUUGCUAAUAUGAGGUUACACAUAUGGGAAAAUGUGAGUGAUCUUGCCUUUUGUAUUAUCAUUUUUGUGAAAUGUGAAUUUUCUUUUGUGCAUCUAAUCAUCUAAUAAAAUAAUAUGGAAACAA